AUGGCCCUCGCACACUUGACAGACAUUGUCACCCAGCAAGCAUCCCGCCUCGCCCCUCUCACCCUCACCGCCCCCUCUCCAUCCGCCUCCAUCUUGCAGCUCUCCGACUUUGUCCACCACCUGACUACCACUCCCAUCCAUCCUGUAUGUCUCCCAUAUCUCCGCUUUGGGGCACUUCAUGCGGCAAGGGUGACGACAGUAUGGGCGGCGCAGACUAAGGGGCGGAAAGGCAGGGUUGGCACCUUGCAAGAUCUGUUCGGGUAUCUUGUGAUGGCUUGGGGUGGAAGCACAGUCGUAUCUCUACUACUCGGCCAGCCUCCUUCCUGGCUCACAUCCUCCACUCCCUGGAUCAUCUACCCCUCCAUUUACCUCCUCCUCGUUCCCACCGGCCUCUCUGCCUACAUCGUCCAAACCACCCCCGCUCUCCUGUUCAAUGUCUUCACAGCCUACGUCGACGGUAUGACCAGGGGAACUACCCUCUCCGCCCUCCCUGCGCUGGUGUCCCAGAGCUCUACAGGCGUAGGGGCUGCUGCAAACCUUACUACCUACGCUCUUCUCUCUUCCCUCGCCAUCACCUCCGGCGGGCUCUUUGUCGGGCUCUUUGGUCUUGCCGGAGACAGCUGGUCUAUCGGUGUUCCUUCUCUACUCAAGGGCGGUCUGCUCGGUACGCUAGACGCAUGGGGCGCAGCGUUGGUUAGUAUCGUCUACCUCGCUCUAGCGGGCCAUCUCCCCGUCCUCGCACCUCUCACCAACACCCUCCUCCCCAUCCUCCCUUCGGAAUUCAUCGUAUCAUCCUCUUCCCCCGAAUCGUCACCUUCCAUCGACCCCCUCCACAACCGAACUAUCGCAAUCCUCCUAUUCGGCACCCUCCUCGCCUUCCGUGCUAUUAUCACAGCACUCACUGCCCCUUCUACGAAGGUGGCAGGAAAGGAGAAGAAGGUGGAGAAGAAGGACGAGUUUGAUUUGAUGUUGGAGAAGGAGUUGAGUGAGGUUGUCAAGACGCCGACAAAGACAAGGGCAGGUGGGAAUGGGAAGGCGACGCCGAGGAAGAGUGCGCGGAUCAAGUCGAGGGGGUCUACGCCGGCUCAGCAAUGA